UCAGGAACGAGUUCGAUACCUGGAGAAAGACUUUUUGUCAAACAAUACUAAUAUGUCUUCCAAUUGGGAAAAAUUAAAAAAAAAAUUAGAUAGCACUAAAAGUGGUCGAAUUGAAAAGAAAACCGGGAAAAAAGAGACGAAACAUAAAAAAGUUGUGCCGAAUGGAAAAGAAAGUGCUUCUCAAAAUGGACUGCAGAUCAACGAUACCCGUACUCAAGAGCUGAAGCAGUUUGCUCGAGAGCACGAUCUCCCUGAAUCUCAAGUCUUUGAUGCAUAUGGCGUAGAUGCUGGAAAUCUAACUCGAAAAACGAACCUCGAAACUCUUGGAAAGUAUAUUGCAAUGGACUGUGAGAUGGUUGGGGUAGCCGAUGACAUGUCUGUCCUUGCUCGCGUUAGUAUCGUUAACUAUCAUGGAAGGGUUGUUUAUGAUACCUAUGUCCGACCAAAAGAACGUGUGACGGAUUGGCGAACUUGGGUAAGUGGUGUCAAAUCAUUUCACAUGAGAGACGCCCCUCCCUUUGAAAAAGUUCAAAAAGAGGUAGCUGACGUUUUGGAAAAUCGUGUCCUUGUAGGACACGCUAUACAAAAUGACUUGAAAGUCUUACUUUUGUCACAUCCACGCAGACUUAUUCGAGAUACUAGUCGAUUUUCCGGAUUUCGAAAAUUAGCAAAGGGAAAAACGCCUUCGUUAAAAAAGCUGGCUGAACAGGUACUCGGCAGAGAUAUCCAAUCUGGUCAGCACUCUUCUGUACAAGAUGCUCAGGCGACUAUGGAUCUUUACAAACAUGUGAAAAAGGAAAUGGAUGAAGGUUAUUUUAAACGUGGUUUUAAGGGAUAACAUUUGAAGAUCUAUUUUCUUUUCUCUUUCGUUUGAGUUAUUCCCCUCAACCUUCCACUCUUUCUUGAAUAUUGGUUUUCGUGAGUAGUAGUACAAGGCGCUUGUAAAGGCAGCCCCUGCUACUACUUUUUGUAACGCUACUUUUAAUAAUGGGUCAUUGGGUAUUUGCUUGUCAAUAAAUGGUAUUUAUUCAUCAUUGAAUUUUCAUUAUUUGAGCUUGAUAUCAAAAUAAAGACAGUAGUUGCGUGUGCUACGGUUUUACACUCGUUAUGUUCCGACUUUUUUUAUUAUCCUAGAUUAAUGAAAAAAUAAACCUGU